AUGUCUGAUAUUGCCGCAAUUACCGCGAAGCUCGCGCCCCAGGCCGAAGCUGCCUACCCCCGGGGAACAAUCCCCAAGGAAGUGCAGGGUACCUACUAUCGUUGCAUGCCCGACGCUCUCUGGGCCCCCAAGUACCAGGACGAUGUCUUCAUCAACGGUGAUGGUGCAAUUGAUGCCAUCCGUAUUAAGGAUGGACAUGCCGAUUUCAAGCAGCGUUACGUCCGCACCUCCAAGUUCGUGAUCGAGCGUGCCGCCCGCCAGGCAGUCUUCGGAAAGUACCGCAACCGCUACACCGAUGAUCCCCGCGUCAAGCACGAGAUUCACUCGACCGCCAACACGCACAUCAUCUACUUCGAGAAGCAGCUCCUGGCUCUCAAGGAGGAUUCCCCCCCAUACGCCAUGGAUCCUCACACUCUGGAGACCAAGGGACCUUAUGACUUCAAGGGUCAAUACACUGCCCCCACCUUCACUGCCCACCCUAAGAUUUGCCCUAACACCGGUGAGAUGUUGACCAUGGGUUACGAGGCCAAGGGAGACGGUACCACCGACGUUGCCUACUACCUCUUCAGCAAGGAGGGUGAGAAGUUGGAAGAAUGCUGGUUCAACGCUCCCUACACUGGAAUGAUGCACGAUAUGGCCUGCACCGAGAAGUACGUCAUCUUCACUCUUCCUCCUCUUGAGGCCCAGCCUCUCGAUGAGAUGAAGAAGGGAUCCAAGCACUUCGCCUGGGCCGAGGACAAGCCCUUGACCUUCGGUAUUCUGCCCCGUCGCAACCCCAAGCCCGAGGAUAUCAAAUGGUUCACCUACAAGAACGCCUUCUACGGACACACCGGAAAUGCUUUCGAUGGUGAGGAUGGAUGCGUCUACUUGGACGCCCCCCUCACUAACUUCAACAAGUUCUGGUUCUUCCCUCCCGUUGGUCAGGACCCCAUGCAGGCCCCCAGCGGCAAGCCCCCUGCUUCCGGAAACGUCAGCCAGUACGUCCGCUGGAAGUUGGACCCCAAAGCCACCGACUUCCACGUCGAGCCUACCGUCCUGGUUGAUGUCGAUGGUGAGAUGCCUAAGGUUGAUGACCGCUUCGUUGGCAAGCCUUACAACACCCUAUUCUACGCCAUGCACGACCCUACCAAGGGCAACGGCCCCGUCGGUGGUGUGUACAACGCCGUUGCCAAGUGCGAUGUCAACACUGGCAAGCUGAUCUACUGGUCUGCUGGAGACCACACCGCCAUCCACGAGGUUGCCUUCAUUCCCCGCACCCCUGAGUCGGCCGAGGCUGACGGAUACCUCAUCACUCUCGCCAACCGACGCGAUACUGGUCUUUCUUGCAUCCUGAUUCUGGAUGCCCAGAAGGUCCCCGAGGGUCCCGUUGCUGUCAUUGAGCUUCCCUUCCGCCUUCGCAACGGAAUCCACGGAAGCUGGGUCUCCGCUGACGAGCUAGAUAACUCCAUUGACCUCUGUGACAUGCACGGUGUCACUGACAAGAUUCGUGCUGAGUUCAGUGGCAAGCCCGUUACCUUCCCUACUCUUUGA